UGUCGAGUUAAGCAGUCAUGAAUUCAAAAUAUAUUUUAAUCUAGUGUAAAUUAAAAUUGAUCAAUAUGAGUUGGAUACAUUUUAAAUAAUUUUGACGUGGGUCUAAAUAGAUUCAAGAUGCUUAACGAAGACAAUAUUUCAUUAAGCCAGUGUGUAGUGUCGCAGAAUGAAAAGAGGGAAAAGUACAAGUUCGCCUCGACAUUCAGCUCCUAUAUUACUCAGCUUGGACAUUCGCUUGGAAUGUCCGACUUUUGGAGGUUUCCAUUUCUGGCAUAUAGAAAUGGCGGAGGUGCUUUUCUAAUUCCGUUCGUGACCAUGAUUGUUGUGUGUGGAAUUCCGAUGUAUUUCCUUGAGUUUUCAAUUGGAAAAUUUUCCGGGCGUGGUCCAUACAAGGUCUGGGAUAUAUGUCCAUUUUUCAGAGGUGCUGGUAUCACAGUAAGCCUAGCCUAUGGUAUCUACAUAGUGAGUUCAAGUAUAUACCGCUGUUGGAUCAUGCAGUUUAUAGUUUAUGCUUUCCAAGAUCCAAUACCAUGGAGUCAAUGUGGCAACGACUGGAAUACACGUGCCUGUGAGGGCAGAAACAAUACAAGUACGGAAUUACCAGCUUAUUGGAACCUAACCCACGAAAAUGGGACGUUAGAAUCAAACGCAUCAGCUCCUACAACAAAGUUGUUUAUGAGUGCUUCAGAAGAAUUUUGGCAGUACAAGGUUUUACAACUGUCUACAGGAAUAUGGGAUUUAUCCCCUGUCAUAUGGCGUUAUUUUCUUUUCUUGUUCAUUCUGAGAGCUGCAGUCUGUCUAUGCACAAUAAAGAGCAUCAAGUCCAUUGAGAAGGUAAUUUACGUGACAGCGACAUUCCCCGUUUUAAUGUCGGUGGCAAUUUUCAUACGUUCUAUUAUGUUACCUGGAUAUCAGGAUGGCAUAUAUUAUUUCUUCAAUCCAAAGUUUGAUAAACUUCUGGACGUUCGGGUAUGGAUAGAAGCAACUUUAAUGGCGUUCUAUACGUUGUCAUUCGGAUGGGGAGCCAUAGUAUUGCUAGGAUCACAUGCAGACUUUAAGGAAAAUUCACUCAGAACUGCUGUUAUAGUACCGAUUAUUGACAUGUGCAUGGCUGUUUUCAACGGAAUGGUUUGCUUUUGUAUACUUGGAAAUAUGGCGCAUGCGUACGAUGUUCACAUUACAGAGGUUAUCCAUGCAGGUAUGGCAACGGGAAUGGUAGCUUACGUCACAGCUUUGUCUUCUUUCCCUGUUCCACAGCUUUGGUCUGUCUUGUUUUUGGUGUCCAUACUUUUUACAGGUAUCGACGGACAGUUGCUUGCGCUAGAAAUGAUAAUGCAGUGCAUAGGAGAUGUAUUCCACAGGGUGAAGACGGGUUACAGGAUCAAGACCCUUAUUGUCGUAUCGAGUUUCAUGUUUCUACUGUCAUUACCUACAUGCACAGGGAGCGGCGGGUAUUUGUUUCUGUGGCUUGACUGGUACAAUGGGGCGUGGUUUGGACCAAUUGUUGCUUUUGUAGAACUGUUCGUUGUUGCCUGGAUAUAUGGAUUGGACCGAUUUAACGACGACAUAUAUCUGAUGAUAGGAAAACGUAUUCCGGGAAUUCUGAGAAUUGGACUCGCAUUUGUAUCCCCGAUCGUUGUUGCUGUUAUAUUCUUUACAAGUCUGGUAGAAUAUGUACCGCCUAAAUACGGCUCUUAUUCCUACCCGACAUUAGCACGUAUCCUUGGCUGGCUGCUAGUUGUUGCUGUCAUGACACCUAUUAUAGGACAAGCUGUCUAUAUUGUAAGGCAAAGGGAUGGCCCUUUGUGUAGAGAUAGUACCUAA